AUGCAAGAUGAUGUGAUUCCUAUAAUUCAAAAAUGGAGUAACAUACCAGAAAACACACCUAAAGUCAUAAAAUCAAAAAACAUUUUAUUCUUGGCUUCACUUUUGGACUCCUUUAUUAUUCACUUUAAAGAACUAAUUUGGAUACCAAGAUGUAAUGCUACUAUUGCAUGGGAAAAGACUAAAAAUAUUGGAAGAAAAGAAAAAUUAAAUGAAUCUGAAAAUAUGGAUCAUUUACAGGAAGAUCAAAUUGCAGUACUUGAUGAUAUUUCAAUUGAGUUGGAUUCAAUAUAGUCUGAAAAUUCAUUAAAUGAAAAUCACAUUAUAUCAAAGUGUUAUAGAGUGGGAAAAAAAGCUCAAGAUUAGAUGAGUUUACUAAUUAG